AUGUCUUGUGAUAACUGCAAGACCGGCUUCAAGUGGAAUGGCGAGUCCGUCGGCAAGGUGACAAAGCUCGACCAGAUUGACUGCUAUGUCACCGGCGACAACAAGGAUGCCGCUGUCCUCAUUAUCACCGACGUCUUCGGUUGGACUCUUCCCAACAUCCGCAUUCUGGCAGAUCACUAUGCGAAGGAAGCCAAUGCGACCGUCUACGUACCCGAUGUUUUCGGCGGCGAAGUCGUAGACCCAGACGCGCUAUCCGACCCCGAGAAGCAGAAGAAGUUCGACCUCAUGGCCUUCCUUGGCCGUAACACCAAGGAAAUCCGCUGGCCCGAGAUCAAGCAGCACGCUCAAACUCUCAAAUCGCAAUACAAGAAGGUCGCUGCCAUCGGUUUCUGCUACGGCGGCUGGGCAUGCUUCAAGCUUGCUGCUGAGCCCUCCCUCAUCGACGCCAUCUCGACCGCUCACCCAUCGCUUCUCGAGAAGUCCGAGAUCGAAGGCGUCAAGGUGCCUGUACAGAUCCUCGCCCCUGAGAACGACUUCGCAUACACAGAAGAGCUGAAGAAGGCUACACUGGAGAUACUGCCAAAGACUGGUGUGCAGUGGGAGUACAUCUACUUCCCUGGUCUACAGCACGGCUUUGCUGCGCGUGGCGACCCCAACAACCAGCAGCAGAAGGAUGGCUUGGAGAGGGCCAAGAGGAGUGCUGUGAACUUCUUCAACGAGUUCUUGCACUAG